GUGGCGUUCAAGCCGCCGGCCACGAUUAGCCAGGCGCAGAAGACGAGCGAGUACGGCGGCGGCGAGGCGGUGCUGGAGGCCCAGGGGAGACACGACCCGUGCGUGGUGCCGCGCGCCAUCGCUAUCGUCGAGGCCAUGGCAGCCCUGGUCAUCGCCGACGCGGCCCUGCUCCAGCUCGCACGCCAAGGCUCCCUCGUCUCCGAGCCCAUCGUCGCCUGGCAGAUUUGA